AUGAACGCAUGCGCAAACGUUUUUCUCCGGUCCCGUGGUAAACAAAGAUCUCAUCACAUGGUUUAUUGAUAAAUCUAUCACCAGUGACCGUUUUACCACGUAAGACGUGUAAAAUCAUGGAUUAGUUAUUAGCUGAACAUAUUCCUUGAAUAGUCCUUUAAUUUAAAGUGUAACUCGGCACAAACCCUGUUCAAAAAAACAGGAUUUUCUUAGCAUUAUCUUCGAAAGCCUAGCCUCCGUCCUUGCCUAUAUUUGAUUCUUGCACCCCGGUACAAAGAUGGUAGAAAAGGCGAAUGGCGUAGGGGAGAUAUCUAAAAGAUCUUGGAUUGUGUGUGGAGCUUCUUUUCUCGUUCAAUUUAUUGUCUUUGGACUACAGAAUUCAUUUGGGAUUCUAUUUACGCCACUUCUGGAUGCCUUUCACAGUGAUGAACUAAGAACAGCUUGGCUUGGUACGCUGGCUUUCACAUUAAUGUACUUUCUUGGUCCGAUUAUGACUGUGCUUUGCCAGCGUUUCGGGUGUCAUUCCGUUGCGUUAGUAGGUUCAUGUCUUGCCAGCGUUAGCCUCUUAACAUCCUCCUUCGUAACAGACUUCGGUCUUCUGUUUAUUACCUAUGGAAUCUGCUGGGGAGUGGGUACGAGCAUGUGUUUUUAUAGCUCACUUGUCACUUUGAAUAAUCACUUCAAGAGACGCUUGUCCCUUGCUUACGGUUUAGCAAUGGCGGGCGCAGGGUUUGGACUUCCAGUCAUCUCUAAGCUUCAGAGUAUGAUAAUAUUGAAACACGGCUGGAGGUUUUCUUUACGAGUCUUUUCUAGCUCAGGCAUUGUUUUAUUCUUAUGUGGAUGCAUUUUUGCUAUUCCUACUUCAAGUUUACCUAAAGGGACCAAAGAACCAUUGGGGAAAAAGGUGGUGAACGUUUUUACUAGUAGAAGAUCCUGGUACAAACGCUGUCUUAUAUUUACACGGAACGGGAUAAAACUUUUUUUUGACUAUGAAUUGUUUACAAGAAGCAGGGCUUUAUCUGUAUGGACGUUGUCUUUGAGUUUGAUCCUCUCGGGUUAUUUCGUCCCUUUUGUAUUUUUGGUACGCAUGGCUAGUGACGUAGGAAUACCCCAACCUCAAAGCGCACUUCUGAUUGGCUACAUAGCUAUCAGUCAAGCUAUUUCUAAGAUUAUCUUUGGCCAGGUUGGUGACGUCGAGGCGACUUCCCGCAUCACCAUUCUGCAGAUAUUUGCUCUCAUUAGUGCAGUUAAUACAACUCUGUGUCCACUGGCCUAUAACUACGCAUGUUUUUUGGUAUUCGUGAUUGUCUUUGGUAUUUGUGAUGGUUGCUUUGCAGUGAUGUUUAGCAUGGGAACACAUCUGAUCGUAGGUGAUAAGGAUAUGCCUCGAGCAUUCGGCAAUGUGUGCUGUAUUGUGGCACUAGUACAAGCCGUAGGAACGCCUCUUGCAGGUUUGAUUUAUGAUAUCUUCGGGGAAUACAGCAUUGCAUUCUUUAUUUCUGGUGGUUUGUCUACCUUGGGAGUUAGCGUAAUGUUUCUUGUUCCACUGUUACUUAAUUCAAGACAGCAACCGCAAAAUAUUGGUCCAAUUAGAACCGAAAUUUCUUGUUUGCAAGAACAGAGGACACCACUGGAAACAUCACAAGUUUGAUCUAAAUUUGAUCGACUAUUUUUUACUAUUUUUAUAUUGUAUGAUAAAAUUUAAUAUAUGUUUUUAGAUAAAAACUAAAUUGGCAUGUGGCAAAGAAAACGUUACAUGUAUUAUUCGAUUUCUAUGGGUGCCAGAGGUCUUAUAAGUCCGUUGAAAUGCCAGGCUGCAAAAACUGUACGUACUGUUGAAAAUGGAGACAUGCUACCAAAAAACUAAAAAGUUGCUCUUCGAAAAUUUCUGAUCGCUUCAGUCACUUCGACUGCUUAUUUUCAUAAACAUCCGAACUCUCUAGCUGCGAGCUGCACGCUGAAAUUUUGUUGUUGUUUGU